AUGACCGACAUCCUGGAUACCUCAGCCACCCCGCCCACCGAAUGGAACCGAGAUCAGCGCGCGUGGAUUCAUCUCUACUACAAACUCUUGUUGCAAACCAGGCGUCAAGACCCAUCUUUCCCGGUCUGCACUAGUGAUACCGUAGCUGCCGUCGCUUUCCGAUCGUUCUUCCGUAGCCCUGAGGAAGCGGGUGGCAUCAAACCGCACUCCGUAGAACAUGAUGAGAUCUAUAAGGCAACGUUUAUUCGGUACCGUAACGCCGCUCUCCCGAAUCUGCUCUCUCACAUUGUGCAAUUCUGUAAGGAAACGACCGAGUCGGAUUCCCGUGUCAGCGUGCCUCAGGUCUUCGUUACCAGACCGAUGCUGAACGAAUACAUCAGGGUCAGCGAGAAGUACAGUCUAGACAACGAUGACCCAGAACCCUGGGAGAGGCAGACUGAACUCUGGGAGUUCAUCUCAGCGACAGUAGCUGAGAGGUUUCUUCACCGUGGGGUUCUGGACAGCCAGGACACUGUUGUGCAGUCAUUCGUUCGAGUGGCUGAGGACGAAAGUGCGACUGAUCAAGCUGAUACCAGGAUGACAAGACCGUUCAUCCCGUCAACGGACCGUGUAAAUGAUGAGCCUCAACCAGAUCACCCAGAAGUUCCUACGCCCACCACUAAGCAAGAUGGAAAGCGCACCAAGCAGAAUGCCAAAAAGAAGGCCAACAAGAAAGCGAAGACAUGGCUUCCAGUCGAACGCCACGCACUCUGGCGCAGCAUCAACACUUGGUGUCACGAACACGGCAUCGAUGCAUUUGACCACGAGAAUAUUGAACUGCAGACCUGGGACGGCUUCGCGGAAAAGAUCAACGCAGAGCGCGCACAGAAAUGUCAAGUCAAGGAAAGAACCGGGGAUAACGUCCGCAGCCAAGUCAGAGACGCGGUUCGGAGGGGUAACUUUCCGAUCAGCGAUCUGGUCAAGCGUGCAAAGGAGAUGAGGGAAGAGAUCAAGAAAGGCAAACCAAAACCUUCUCGCGUAACGAACGAUAUCCGGAGAACGCCAUUGAGAUACACUAGAGCGAUGGAGAGGAUGAGGGCAACGAAUAGCUGUAGAAUGGCCGAGUUGGGCGGUAGAUAG